AUGUCUUUGUUAUGAUCGUCUACAAAAUGAGGGCACGUGGAAUUUCUAUUUUGGGUCUUCUAGGGAACUCUACUAAAUCAGAAACUAAUAGUUACAAAAAUGGCAUCCGAAUCUGACGACUGGAAAACUCCUGAGUUUCGUCAAAAGUUUAUCGACACGAUUGAAGAAGCCAUACGACAAUGGGGUAAUCCCACAACUAGAACUGCAAGUGAAAUGGAACUUUAUUCCUUUGAACGAGCGAAUAACAAAGAAGACUAUUUGAAUUAUCAUGUUUGGUUGAUGACCCAUAUACAAGGACUAAGUGAACAAAACCCCAAAACUACUUCUCUCGCCAUUGACUCUGUGGGAACACAGAGCAAUGCCCAGCCAAAUGAGCCAAAUGAAUCAGUUCAAGAUGAUGACUGGAAGAGUCCUGGAUUUCGCCAAAAUGUCAUCGCCAAAAUUGAAGGAGCCAUCUGGAUAUCUGGAAAUCCAACAACAAAAACAGCCAGUGAAAUGGAAAAUCAUUUCUUUGAAAAAUCAACAAGCAAAGAAGACUAUUUGAGUCAUCUUGCCCGAUUGCUAGUACAUAUAAAACAACUUAGUGCCCAAUUUCAAGCUUUCAGACAAAGAGCCCAAGUUGUUCCUGUAGUUAAUGUUGCUGCACCGCAGCGUACUAUCAAACCAAAAACGCCAUCUCAACAAGGUGUCAAAGAAAAGGCCAAGGGAACGUCUGCAGGGACUGUUGCUGUAGCACAGGUCAACGUUCAACCGAAAAAUGUUAACCAGCAAGAUGAAUGGAAAACGCCUGGAUUUCGCCAAAACGUAAUCGCUAAAAUUGGAGCAGUGAUCCGGCAAUCAGGGAAUCCCACAACCAAAUCCGCGAGCGAUAUGGAAUUUCAUUUCUUCCAAAGAUCCAAAAACAAGGAGGAGUAUUUAAAUAAUCUUGCUCGGCUGCUGGUGCAUAUCAAAGGAUUAACAAAUGUUGUUGUGGGAAAUCCUGCAGAUAAUGAAUACUAGACGUAUUAUUGGCCACGUAAGUUGUGUUCACCCAGAGGCCUUAAAGACUCGGAGAAAAACCCCCUCAGGAACCAGUUGCUGCUAUUUUAGUUAUUUAUUAUAGUUAUACUAUUUAAUAUUCAAAUCUAGACGUAGUGUGAAUUUUCUACCGCUAGGUGUCUAAUGUGUCUGCUAAAUUAUUCUAUGGCGGGACAACUGGUAUUUUCACGUGCUUGACUCUGUAUAAGAACAAAAUUAAAAUAUACAGCAUCAUUGUAGGACCCAACAAACAUUUAUUUUUUAUUAAGUUCAUUCUUGAACUUUCCUCGUUAUUAAAAAUCGGGUUUUCGCAUUCACACCAGUCACAGCAUGGAUUCAGGCGGGGUUCUUAGUCUGAUAAUCGUUGCAUUCUUAUGGGGUGUUACAAAUCCCCUGAUGGGCAAGGGCAGCUCGGGGAUCCAAAGGGUGAAGCAUGCCAACUUCCUGGUUCAGUUUGGUUCAGAACUAAAAUUCCUUCUAUUAAAUUGGAAAUUUGUUCUGCCAUUCCUGGUCAACCAGUGCGGCUCCAUUCUCUUCUAUUUCACGCUCAGCUCCACCGGUACAUUUGUCGGUAUGGCUUGCGUUCUAUUGGGUGUCGUGCUGUGCCUGACGGACAAGAUGUGAAGGAAAACCCAUCAGCCGUUUGGCCCCAUGUGUGUUUAAAAGGUAUGACAGAUACACGCAGACACACACACACAACAAAUAUGCUGCUCAUCCUUCCGUGUCGUAUGGCAUCCGCAUGUAAAAACGCCCUGACUGAUUGAAUUGCCUGUAGUUUUUUUUUAUUUUAGAGUCUUCCAUUUUGUUUAACCAUCAGUCUUUUAUUGUAUUAUAUCAAAAUGGUGAGGAGGAGGAGACGAGGCAAAGAGGAGGCAAACGAAAAACAUGCGAUUGUACAAAAACUACAAAUUCUGUUUGGCUAUGUGGGAAAUCGUAAAGAAUUAACAACAA